AAUGGUCAGCUGACUACACAGGACAGAAUGCUGCUGUUAACUAUCAACUAAAUGAUAGUGGAGGUAGAAUAGGUACAAUGCAUAUAAACUAUGGGACAAUAUGUAACCCAACACCACCCUACACACUUACCUGUAACAGAGACACGAGGACACUAGGGAUACAGAUUCCCGCCAACAGUUACAGUCACGGGGACAGAUGGACGUGUGUGGGGAGAAAUAACACUUAUGACAAUAGAAUACCACAACAGACAGACACGACCACAGUUGACGUUAUAGUACCUGUGACAUCAGUGACCAUCACCCCCUCCACCACUGUGACUGUAGGUGUAGGUACCAGCACCACACUGACCUGUACCACACAGCCACACAGUCGUCCUACGGCCAGUGUCACGUGGUACCGAGUGGUCAUUGGUCAGCCACAGCAGAUCACCGCCAACAUCAGUGUAUCACAUGAUAAUCAGAACUCCGCCCAGACAACCACCAGUGUUCUGUCCUAUGUACCCUCCAAGGAGGACAACGGACGGACGGUGUACUGUCUAUCAGACGGUGGAUGGACAGGGAGUACAGCUACAACUCUACGGUCGGGUGAUGUAGCUCUCAAUAUCAGAUUUGCCCCUCGGAUACAUGCCCUAACGGUAACUGACCUGUUCCCCUGGCUGGCCAGAGAUGAUUAUGUAGGCCGUCUGAGCUGUGACACUACAGCCGGUAACCCGUCCACCACACGGUACACGUGGUACAGGGACGGUACACCGGUCAGUUCCCAGACAUCACAGAUGGUCACCUUUGAACCACCUAUCAGCAGUGAUAACGGACGGUUAUACAAGUGUGUGGCUGAAAACGACUUCACCGACGUCAAAGGAUCAGCUCCAGAGUCAAACACCGAAACACUAGAUGUAGAAUAUGCCCCCAAUAUUACACUCUCGGCGUGUCCAGACACAGCUAACGAGGCAGACAAUUACCGGUGUACCUGUGCAGCUGUAGGUAACCCCAACCCUACUGUUACUUGGUAUCCUCGGGAUUCCUCGACCAACAACAUCCUGGACUUACCAUCUAUCAACAGGAAAAAGGCCGACCAGUACACAUGUAAUGCCACGUCAUCAUCUCAGAAGUUUGGGACGCUAUAUGCCCAGUCCGUCCUCAAUCUUGUGGUACAGUAUGCCCCGGAUGUACAGUUGCUGGUACAGAGCGCCACUGAACACGAUACACAUCUGGUGAUGACAUGUAACGCGUCAGGUGUUCCAAACGUUUACACUUACGGUGUUUGGACACAUAUGUACGGCACAACUCUCGUCAGGACCCUCACUGGUGACGUCAGGACUGGCGGAAGAACCCUCACACUGGCAAGCGUGUCAUAUCAGGACAGUGGAACUUACACCUGUCAAGUACAGAACUUUAUCAGGGGGAGGGACGGUCAGCUGAAACAGACAGGAUCGGCUGUCUUUGAUGUCAGAGGCGUUCCACGGUUACUGGAAGGAGCAUAUCGUUAUAUUACGGAAAAGAAUCGACAUCUCAACAUAACAAUGACGUUCAUUAGCCAUCCGUCUCCGACUGAAAUGUUUAUCAGUAAGAAUGCUCGACUUUCCCCUACAAGUGAUCUCAAUAUUACAUUUACUAAAGAAAUACUCGAUGACACGUUUUACAACAAAAUGAUACCACAGGAAGGAUACAGGAUCAAUUUAGAUUUUCCAUCAUUUCAAAUCAACCAAGAAGGAGAUUACCAGCUCACAGUUAUCAGUGAUGUAGCCGAGAAUCUUAUACAUUCCUUUGAUAUUAUCAGUAUUGAUGUCCCAGACACACCGACUGACCUGGUCGUUGACCAGAUAACAACGAGUGCUGCCGUAGUGUCAUGGAGACCGGGUAAUAAUCGAGGCCGAGAGGACCAGCAGAUCCAUGUUUGGUUACUACAGCAGUCGUCAACCACGUGGGACAUUAUAGAUGUCACUGAAGAAACUCCAAGCGUACAACUCACAAACUUGGUUCCUGCUACGACUUACAUAGUUCUGCUAUUCGCAACAAAUGAAAAAGGCAGUAGUGAUAAUUCAACAAUGCAAUUCACUACUUCUCAAAUUGAAAAAGAAAUUGAUGACACCAGUCCAUUUUAUCGACAAAUGUACAUGACCUCCGUUGUUCUGAUCUGUUUAUCAGUUAUCAUACUACUAGCCACCAUAGGGAUUGGAAUAUUUAUUUCACGAUUUGGACACCUUCCAUUUAUGAAACUUAGGAUUAACAACCCAAAGACGACCUCAAAACCGUUAACUAGCAUCGAAGAUUCCGAACACGCAAUGACAAGAAUAACAUCCGGUCAGGAACGGCGUUUGUAUACAGAUUUGGAUACAGCAAACUUUGCAGCACAAAACGUGUACGACCAAGUGAGCCACGCAAAUGACGCUGUCUUAAACGAUACAGCAGAAAGCAAUUAUGAAAAACUGGAAGGAGGAUCUGGCCAAAGUGUAUAUGAAGAACUCAGACAAGGAAGCGAUUCAAGCUCAAAGCAGAUAUGUGUCAACACAUCGCUCACAAAGGUCGAAUAGACAUCUUCCAGACUAUGGGAAACCGACUUCGGGAAAUUCAACGCUGAGUUCAGCUCACAAAAAUGUCGGGUAUUUUUCGAGGCUUGUCGAUUAAGUACUUGCAAGUAUUUUCAUUACGCUGUCUUCAAAUCCAGAUAUCGUAUCAUCUCGAAGUAAAACAUAAAUAGGUGCGUUGCGUAUAAAGUUUUAAACGGACGGAAUUAUUUCCUGUUUAAAGAGGUGUAUAUGUCAGAAUAUGAUAUAACAAGUAGCUAUUUAUACAGUUGUUAUAUUUGUAUAAUAAAUCAAAAUAACUAAAACCAUAGCGUCUACUCAAUAUAAUUAUUAUGGAAUGGAAUUGUUUUGUUUAGCUCUAAUUAAUAUAUUAAAUAUCAAUGGAUUUGCACAUUCUAAGCUUUAUCGUAGACAUGACUUAUUGCAUUGUAAUUAUCAUGGGGAAAACCUCACUUAUACUGAGUAUUUAUGAAUUAACAUUGAGCGAAAUCGUACCCAUUAUGCUUUAUGCCUUAAACAAUUGCUAAUUGGUUUUGGAACAAUUAUUGUCACAAUAUGAAAUAUCGGUGGUGAAUAACGUUAUUCAGUUUACAUUUAUAUGUAACGGUUAUUGUUAAAAACCAGAUGAAACGCAAUAGUGACUGAGCGGAACACACUGUGAAUGUAUUGGUCCAUCAGCUGGGUGAUAAUAACCCAUUAUGUUCACCUAAUUUCAAAUGCAUAUUCUUAUGCAUAUUUUUUGGUAUAUUUUUCAACGUUAUGCUUUCAUGAAUGUUAACAUUUGUUUGCCAUAAUAUUCUAGUGUUAUAUGGCACUUAUAUUUAUCUGACGAUAUAUUUCAUCAAUGGUGGUUUAUGGAUACACAUUUUAUAUUUGUGUAUCGUGUAUGACGGUAUGUGCCUUGUAAACGAAUUUGCAAUAGUGAUAUUUUUCACUAAGCCUGUUACGUGUUAUUUUAAUUAUUUUAUAUAUUGAUUAUUGCAUAUUAUAUAGGUUUAUUCUUUUCACUAUAAUUAAACAACAUGCGAUAAACAUGUGUAUGAAAGCAAGUAUACAACGCAUUUUAUUUUUUAGAAUGUAUGAUUAUUUUCAAGAGGAAAAGGAAAGACAUGGCACAUAGUUGAUAUGAGAAAGCAACACUGGUGUCUAAAUCCAUUAGUAAAGUAGGCUCAGCAGCAGUGAAAAUAGGGUCCAUCAAGGGAAACCUUGUUGAAAGAGAUACUGAAGUGAAACUUUUUCAAGAUUUCCAAUUAUCGACAUUUUCUUUGUCAUAUAGUGCAGCCGUUUUCUUUUCUUCUUGUUUAGUUUUUCAUUUGAUGUCAUAAAAUAUAAUUUGACGAUAUUAUCACUUUUGGUUUAAACCAAAUAUAUGUAUUGCACUAAAUAAAGCCAUUAUGUGUUCUAUUUAUUACAUUUUUAGUACAUACAGUGAUACAAAUAAGUCUACAUUAAGGAAAUUGGAGAAUUAAUAGCUAUCACUUCAAUAUAUGUUCAUUUGACUCCAUGUUUAAGACCAGGAUAGCACGCCAAUAUUAUAUUGGUUAACACCUUCAAUUAUGCUUGUAUCUGUUGUUAUUUACUUACAACAUGUUAUCGAUUUUAUAGUUCGGUAAUUACUUGAAUGUACCUUCCAAAUAUUUACAAAUUUGUAAAUGGAAAGUACCUUUUCGAUUGGUCAAUACCGAAAGCGAUUGCAUCAAUUGUUUUUUAUCUGUGAUAUAUAUCGGAUUUGUAUCACGUUGACCGACUUCGACAUCUCAUUAGUAAACAUGUACUUAAGAUCGCUUUGACAUUACCAGAAUACGCUUCGGAGAAAAAGACUUCGUCAGCAUAAAUUUGUAUUGCUAUCACUUAGAAGAUGUAUAUAUUGUGUUAAGUAAAACCAAACAAUAUUGUGUGCUCAGCAACACAGUAACGUUGAUUUUUUUAAGUACAUUUUACAAUUGUUUUGCUACAUUAAUCGUUUCUGAUAGCCUAUUCACUUAUUAUUCACUGAAAACAAAAAAGUUGAAAUUAAUAACAUGUACGAAAGCCCGUCAACUGCAUCGACAACAGCUAGGACUAUCAGAAACCCUUGCCAAUUGUAUGUCAAAUGAAUAUUUAAUAUUUUAAGAGCCUGUUAUCAUGGGUCUGCAAACAAUUAUAAGAGAGGUUAUGCAACGUUUCUAAAUUUCGUUAUAACAAAAAUAUCCGUUAACGUGUACGUGUAGCAUGUAUAUGAUAUCAACUGAUGCCAUUAGCUAAUUCCAUCCAAUCAUAAGAACCGAUAAAACCGAUAUAUGUUCAAGCUAUGCUUGUGUACACGCCUGCUCGGAGUAGAGGAACGUUCUUUUGUCUUAAUAGCUCACGGGAAUAGUUGAAUAAAUUAUUUAUUAAUCCUACGGUAUUGUAACUAGUCCAAGAGUUCAAUAAGAAAGCAUCUCCCUCACGAAACAUGUAAAGUCAUACAUUUAAGGGAACUUAGAAUAACUACAUAUACUGCAUACACAUAUACUGAACAAAAAAA